GAGUCUUCAGAGAUCUCAGGGACUUCUUUGAAUACUCACAGAAAUAUCCUUCACCAUGGUGAUGGCCCAGAGAGACUGCUUUCUUGCCCUUAGUCUGAAUGACUGCCAAGAAGGAAAGCAAAGGUAGAGCAAUCGAAUGAAUCUGUGGCUCUCCUCAUAACUUCUAGUUCCAGGCCUUUUAAAACUGCUCUCUGAGAUCAAGGACAAAGCUCACUUGAACAAAUGAUUUUGAGUCAUGAGUGAAAAACCGUGCUCUUUCCAUAAUGAGAAAGAAUUAAGAGAUGGACAGAGAACUAGAGCAUCUGACACAGCAAUACUGGAAAUUGAGCUUGGGACCUCAUAUGUGCUGAGAACAUGUCUGCUGGGCACGCUCUCCCGUAUGAGAAGGACAACAGUGUUUUUCUGGCUUUUAGGGGAAUUCCUAUCUCAGAGUUGAAGAACCACAGCAUCCUCCAGGCUCUGACAACAGAAGCUAAUGGAUGGGAACCAGGUGUUGUGAGUACAGAGGUGCUGAGAGCCCAAGAAGAAUGGGAGACAGUGGACAGCGUCCUACCAGAAACAGGGAACCACACCAGCUCUGAGCAGCCUGGGAAACUCAUCUCCUUCAGUGAGGCCCUGCAGCAUUUCCAGACUCUGGACCUCUCCUCCUUCAAGAAACGAAUCCAACCAACUAUUCGACGUACGGGUCUGGCUGCCCUCCGACACCGCCUGUUCGGACCUCCAAAGCUCCACCAGGGCCUCCAUGAAGAGCGGAACUUGGUCCUGACCAUUGCUCAGUGUGGCCUGGACAGCCAAGACCCUGUGCAUGGCCGUGUCCUCCAGACCAUCUAUAAGAAGCUGACCGGCUCCAAGUUUGACUGUGCCCUACAUGGAGACCACUGGGAAGACCUGGGAUUUCAGGGAGCAAAUCCAGCCACAGACCUGAGAGGGGCAGGCUUCCUUGCCCUCCUGCACCUGCUGUACCUGGUGAUGGACUCAAAGACCUUGCCGAUGGCUCAGGAGAUUUUCCGCUUGUCUCAUCACCAUAUCCAGCAAUUCCCCUUCUGUUUGAUGUCUGUGAAUAUCACUAGAAUCGCAAUCCAGGCCUUACGGGAGGACUGUCUCUCCAGGGAGUGUAAUCGGCAGCAGAAGGUAGUCCCGGUAGUGAACAGCUUCUAUGCCGCCACUUUCCUCCGCCUCGCACAUGUCUGGCGGACUCAGCAGAAGACCAUCUCCGACUCUGGCUUUGUCCUCAAAGACUUGGAAGUAUUGGCCAAGAAGUGCCCGAGGCGGCUGCUCAAGACCCUGGAAGUGUACCUGACUGGAGGCGCAAGUGUGCAGGCCUCCUUGCUGGGCGCACAGAAGCUACACACCACUCAUGCCAAAGACCUCACCUUCACCGGCGUGUGUGACCCGCCAGCACACUCCUCUGAAGGCACCCGGCUGAUCUGACCGACCCAGAACUGACUGAGAGAAAAGCUGAAAGACCAGGCUACAGGGGCUUUCGAAAGCAGUGGGUCAGGAGUACCAGAGCUGGGCCCAGUGCUUGCCUGACUCAGCACUGGGGAAAGAAGCUGAGCCCCUCCCUGCACACCUGCCUCCUAAGCAGAGGGUCAGAGUGGCCCCUUAGUUGAACUACAGCUCAUAGAUUCUGGGUAAUUGCUGGGGGUAAGUAAGGUGAGAGAGCCCCACCCCAUGUUCCUAAUAUCACUACACAGAAGGCAGUUCCCAAGCAGAGGUGCUAGAAUUCUCUCCCUCCCCUCCCUUCCUGUCGCCCUUCUCCUCCCCUCCCUUCUCUCCUUCCUUCCUUUCUUUCUUCCCCCUUUCCCUUCUUUCCCUCCCUCCCUCUUUAUCUCUUUCUUCCUGUCCACCAGGAUAAUCAAAGGGGCUUCUUGCCUGCACCACUUCACAGAUCCUGGCUCCUCUUUUGUUUCAUGUCAAAUAUACUCUCUCUCCCCUAAUAAAUAAAAUUGAUUUUUAAAAGUA